AGCACUGAUCCUCUGUGGCCUCGGCAUGGUGGUCUCGGCCGGGCAUCAGCUGGGGCUGCUGCUGACUGUGCUGGUGGUGACCGGGACAGCAGCCCAGCCUGCUCGCCUGCUGACUUCGCUGUCUUCGGGGCAAGGUGCUCUGGACCGCGUGGCUCUGGGCAGCCUGUUAAAUACACUGGCGGCCCGUGUGCACUGCACUUCAGGGCCGUGUGGAAAGUGCCUGUCUGUGGAAGACCUCCUGGCCCUAGGCAGGCCUGAGGAGCCAGGGCUGACCCCAGGUCCCGUCCUGGAGCCCACACACAUCGCCCGCCUCAGUGCAGCUGCUGCCCUCUACCUCAGCGAUCCUGAAGGCACAUGUCAGGACAUCCGGGCUGGCCGCUGGGCCUCCCAAGCUGACCGCCUUCUGGCCCUGCUGGAGGGCCCCGGGGCCUUGACCUCAGGCCUAAGCAGGCUGCUGAGGAGGAUUCAGAUCCAGACCACCGGCCUGCCCAGUACAGAGGAGGCCUGUGUGGACCUGCUGCAGCUGCUGGAUGAGGCAGCAAGGGCAGGGGUCCCCGGCAGCCCUGGCCCUGUUUUGGCUGCUCUGCUGGACCAUGUCAGGAAUGGGUCCUGCUUCCACACCCUGCCGAGCCCCCAGUACUUUGUGGACUUCGUGUUCCAGCAGCACCACAAUGACACUCCCAACAUCACACUGGAUGAGCUGGCGGCCUUGAUGCAGCGCCUGGGGGUCGGUCGAGUGGCUGGGACCCAUGGUGAUCACAGUGACUACAAUCACCACCAUCAUCUGGAAAAGAGGGCCAACCCUGCCACCCCCAAUAGCAACUCCAGCGUGUGGGACACAGUAUGCCUGAGUGCCAGGGAUGUGAUGGCUGUGUACGGGCUAUCCGAGCAGACUGGGGUGACCCCAGAAGCCUGGGCCCAGCUGAGCCCUGCCCUGCUCCAGCAGCAGCUGAGUGGGGCCUGCAGCCCCCGGCCCAGCCACGGUGCCCAGAACCAGCUCAGCCAGGCAGAGACAUACCUGUACAGCUCCCUGGCCACGCUGCUCAUCUGUCUCUGCUCAGUUUUCGGCCUCCUGCUUCUCAUCUGUACUGGCUGCAGCUCGGUCUCCCACUACAUAAUCCAGAUGUUCCUGGGCUUGGCCGUGGGCGCACUCACUGGAGACGCCCUCCUGCACUUGACACCCAAGGUUCUCGGGCUGCACCAGCAUGGUGGACACAGUGAGCUUGAAGGGGAUGAGGACCAUGGCCCACAGCCCAUCUGGCGCCUCCUUGUUGCACUUGGGGGCUUCUACAUCUUCUUCCUGUUUGAGAAACUCUGUGACCUCUUGCUGCCCUUGGACCCAGAGGACCAGAAGGAUGAGCCCUGCAGCCACACUGGCCACGGUGGCCACAGCCACGGCAUGUCUCUGCAGCUAGCGCCCAGGGAACUCCGGCAGUCCAAGCAGCCCCACGAGAGCUCCCGAGCAGACCUGGUGGUGGAGGAGAGCCCUCAGCUGCUAAGCCCUGGGUCCCGGAGACUGAGCCCAGAGCUGAGGCUGCUGCCCUACAUGAUCACGCUGGGCGACGGCCUGCACAACUUCGCUGACGGGCUGGCCCUGGGUGCUGCCUUCGCGUCCUCCUGGAAGACUGGGCUGGCCACCUCGCUGGCCGUGUUCUGCCACGAGGUGCCGCACGAGCUAGGAGACUUCGCGGCCCUGCUGCACGCUGGGCUGUCGGCUCCCCGGGCGCUGCUGCUGAACUUGGCCUCGGCGCUCACGGCCUUUGUCGGCCUCUACGUGGCGCUUGCGAUGGGCGUCGGCGAGGAGAGUGAGUCCUGGAUCCUGGCGGUAGCCAUCGGGCUCUUCCUCUACGUGGCGCUCUGCGACAUGCUCCCAGCCAUGCUGAGCGUGCGGGACCGGCGGCCCUGGCUCCUCUUCUUGCUGCACAACGUGGGCCUGCUGGGCGGCUGGACCAUCCUGCUGCUGCUGUCUCUGUAUGAGGACAGCAUCGUCCUCUGA